GCUAUUGUUUCAUUCACUCUGGAAGCAGUGUGCAGUUUGCUGUCUGAACGAUGUUGUCACACCAACAGUACCGCAUCUGUCGCAAUUCCAAACUCACGGCUGCCGAGAUGCUCCUCACAACCGGAUCUUCUCUACACACUUCGGGUAGAGACAGCGAGGCACCUCUUCGGAAGGCAAUCAAACUAGGACGCGUCGAUUGGUGUAGAGAGCUGAUAUCCCGAGGAGAGGAAGUCAAUGAUACCGACUGUGCUGGAUGGAGUCUCCUUCACGAGGCAAGCAACAUUGGUCGCAUGGAUAUAGUCGAACUGUUGCUACAGUCCGGGGCGUCUCAUCUCGUCAAUACUCCGUCGAUUGGAGGCGAUACUGCGUGCCAUCUGGCUGCACGAUGCGGAUUCCGGCUUCUAGUGAAGGUGCUCGUCGACGUUGGAGCUGACCUAGAGAUGCAGAGCCGAACCGGUCGAGACGUCAGACAGGAGGCUGACGUUCACGGUCACAAAGAUACCGUUGCCCUAAUCGACGCUCUUCGUGCAGCCGGCGAGAAGAGCAGGAAGAGCAAGUAGUCAAUCGCUCGAACGGAAACGUUAAGUGUGACAAGUGCAUGUAUGCAUGCGUAACUUUUUAAAUUAAGCUAACUGAACAGUCGGUGUUUUGUAACAGAACACUAUGAAUGAUUGACGCAACCGUCAUCUUUUAGUUUGACGAUCUCGUGUAAUUGGAUAUAUCAGACUUAUUCAAAAAGUAACAAGUUAAUAUAUGCACAC